AUGUCAGUAAUCCUUGCUUCAGCAGGCUACGACCAUACCAUUCGUUUUUGGGAUGCUUUAACUGGAGUUUGUUCUAGGACAAUACAACACACUGACUCUCAAGUCAAUAGGUUAAAGAUUACAUCAGACAAGAGGUACUUAGCAGCAGCAGGAAAUCUCUAUGUUAGAUUGUAUGACAUAAGACAAACAGGAAGCUUUGGAAACACAUCCCCUACUGCAUCAAAUACGAAUUCGACGAAUAAUAGUAACAACAAUGUGCCAGUUAUGACUUUUGAAGGGCAUACAAAUAAUGUGACAUCAUUAGCAUUUCAGAUUGAAAAUAAGUGGAUGGUGACGUCUCUGGAGGAUGGAAUGGUGAAGGUGUGGGAUGUGAGGACACCUUCUGUUCAAAGAAAUUAUAAACACCAUUGUCCUGUGAAUGAAGUGGUGAUACACCCGAAUCAAGGCGAAUUAAUUAGCUGUGAUCAAGAAGGUAACAUCAGAAUUUGGGACUUGGGCGAGAACCAAUGUACUCAUCAUUUGAUUCCCGAAGAUGAUAUUCCUAUCAACUCACUUUCUGUUGCUAGCGAUGGAUCGAUGCUUGUGGCUGGAAAUAAUAAGGGCAAUUGUUACGUUUGGCAAAUGCAAAACCAAAAGGAUAUCACAUCUCUAACACCUGUAACUAAAUUCAGAUCACACCUGAAAUAUAUUACCCGGGUUGUAUUACUGACCGAUAUGAAACACCUCGCGACAUGCUCUGCUGAUCAUACAGCUAGGAUAUGGUCUACCGAACAGAAUUUUAAUUUAGAAACGACAUUACAGGGUCAUCAAAGAUGGGUCUGGGACUGUGCUUUUAGUGCUGACAGUGCUUAUUUGGUCACUGCAUGCUCUGAUCAUUACGUUAGACUAUGGGAUUUGUCUAACAGUGAAACUGUCAGACAAUAUAACGGUCAUCACAAAGGUGCUGUGUGUGUAGCAUUGAACGAUGUUUAA